CCCUGGGCAAGAGUCUUUCCCAAUGCCUGCGGUGCCCAAGAGCGGCCACUGGGGGCGCAGCGAGCAGCAUCUGCUUCGCAGUGGCGACGCUUCCCACUUCCUCAUCUUCGCGGAAAGUAACUUGUGAGCCUUUCGGGGCGGUGGGCGAGGCGAUCCCUGCAGGAGGAAGCAAGCUCGAUCGACCCACAUCCAAGAGGCUUGGAAGGCUCGCCGAUCCGACCCAGCUAUGUCCAAGCCGCCGCCUAAACCGGCCAAACCAGGCCAGGUCAAAGUUUUCAGAGCCCUAUAUACAUUUGAACCCAGAACGCCAGAUGAGCUGUAUUUUGAAGAAGGAGAUAUCAUCUACAUUUCAGAUAUGAGUGACACCAAUUGGUGGAAAGGGACCUGUAGAGGACGGACUGGAUUGAUUCCCAGCAACUACGUGGCUGAACAAGCAGAAUCUAUUGACAAUCCAUUACACGAAGCUGCCAAGAGAGGAAACCUGAGCUGGUUGAGAGAAUGUUUGGAUAACAGAGUUGGUGUCAACGGUUUAGAUAAAGCUGGAAGUACAGCUUUGUACUGGGCAUGUCAUGCUGGACACAAAGACAUAGUGGAAGUUUUACUGGGGCAGCCAAAUGUAGAGCUAAAUCAACAGAAUAAACUGGGAGACACAGCUUUGCAUGCCGCUGCAUGGAAGGGCUAUGCAGACAUUGUAGAAACACUCCUGGCAAAAGGUGCUAGAACAGAUUUAAGAAACAAUGAGAAGAAAUUGGCCCUGGACAUGGCCACGGAUGCAACGUGUGCUUCUCUGCUUAAAAAGAAACAAGGACAAAACAUAAUGCGAACAUUAAGCAAUGCAGAAGAGUACCUUGAUGAUGAAGAUUCUGACUAAGUUUCCUUAAUACUGUUUUGAAAAAUCCACAACCUCUGUUGCCUCUACCUUUCUCAAAUACUCCAUUCCUCAAAUUACAAAGUGUACUUUUAACAUAUAUGAAGUGUUACGAUCAUGUAAAUCAGAGGUUUUUUUCACCAGGUAAAAUAUCCUCCUCGUAUUAAGGGCCAUAAAUUCUUGUGUUGCUUUUAAAUAUUUGUUUUUUCUAAAGAGUGUAUGUGUGAUGAAUUUUCCUAUAAAUUACUUGUUACACUGGCUAUAGACCUAGCCUUUAAAAACAAGGAUAUAAUUUGGGAUAUGUAUAUAUGUGUAUAUAAACCUAUUUUCAGAGUGAAAAGCCAUCUUUAAUCUAUCUGCCAUGAUUAUCUUUACAGAGUGAAAUAUUCUAGCAGAUUAGUUGAUAUUUGCCUUAAUUCAUCUUGACACUUUUCUCUUUCAUUUUCUCUGUCACUCUUUCUCCCCUCUCCAUAUGAAGGUGCUGGGAGCCCAGAUUUGUACAAUGGAAAGGGAAAUGUAUUAAUAUAGGCAAAAUGCCCCUAAGGGUAUCGGGGCAGAAAAUUUCAUGUUCCUUUUAAAUCUGGCCAUGGCUAUUACUGUUUAUGUACAUUGCCUGCUCUUUCUAUAAAUGAUCUACAGCAGUAGAAUGGUGUUAGCGGAGGCUGGAUCUACACUGCCCUAUAUCCCAUGAUCUGAUUCCAGAUUACCUGCUUUAUCCCAGAUUAUCUGGCAGUGUAGACUCAUAUAAUAUAAUACAGCCAGAGAGAAGAAAAAGCAUUUUACUAUGGCUCCUUCCAUGCUGCCAUAUAAAAUCCAAAUUAUCUGCUUUGAACUGGAUUAUAUGGCAGUGUAGAUUCAUAUAAUCGAGUUCAAAGCAGAUAUUGUGGAUUAUCUACUUUGGUAAUCUGUUUUAUAUGGCAGUAUAAAAGGGGGCUUUGUCAGCUAUCACAAGAAGCUAGAAAUGUCUCAGUCCACCAGCUGUUUAGAGGAUAAUGGAAACUUGGCCCUUCUUCCACUCUGGAAUGAAUUUGGGAGUUGUAAUUUUACAAGAUCUUUAGUCUUCUUUAGCUUUUUCUGUCAAAAAGUGCUUCUGCCUCAUCAUAUUACAAAUCCCAGGAUUCCAUCACAUUGACGCAUGGCAGUUAAAGUUGUGUCAAGAUUCCAUUAAUUCUACAGUGUAGAUUCAUCUUUCCUCUCAGAAUGGGAUAGGGAGGAAGUCCAAAGCCUGCACAAAGAAGUAAAUGUCAGGAGAGGGAAAUAGUUUGCAAUACUGCUGUAAAAUACAAAUCUGUGGGUGGUUUUCAACCUUUGGUCCUCCAGAUGAUUUGAACUUUAUCCAAGAAGUUCCAGCCAAUAUGUAGGAAUUCUAAAAGCUAAAGUCCAAAAUAUCUGGAGGACUAAAACUAUCUAUAUAUAAAACCCUCAUUCCAAUUGAAUCUUAUUUUAGCAGAUAAUAUUAAUAUGGGAGUUAUUAUUGAUUUCCUUUCUCUCAAAUUCUUAGAGCAGUGGUUCUCAGUGUCUUGCCCUCAGGCUACUUUCAAUUUUGGUUCCCAAAAGUACCAACCAGCAUGGCCAUGGUGAAGGAGUCUUGUUGUCCAAACAGCUGGAGAACCAAAGGUUGAGAACCUCUAACUAUAUCAGUACUCCCUUUGUAGGUGUGUGUGUUUUUUUUAAAAAAAAUCCCUCUGGCCUCCAUUCUUCUGAGCAUGCCUAUAACUCAAUAAGAUCAUCAACAGUGUUCCUAGUUUCCUUUCCAAAUAGCUGAUUGGUGAUGUUGUUGUUUUCUGUUUUUUUCAUGUCAGGAGCGACUUGAGAAACUGUAAGUUGCUUCUGGUGUGAGAGAAUUGGCCAUCUGAAAGGAUGUUGCCCAGGGGACACCUGGAUGUUUUACCAUUCUGUGGGGGGCUUCUCUAAUGUCCCAAUAUGAGAAGCUGGAGUUGACAGAUGGGAGCUCACCCCACUCCCUGGAUUUGAACUGUUGAGCUUUUGGUCAGCAGUUCUGCCGGCACAAGGAUUUAACCCAUUGUGCCACUGGGGGCUCCUGUUGCUGUGAAGAGGACCAAAUGUAGACUGGGGAUGUAAUUCUGCACUAAGGCUGGGUUUACACUGCCAUAUAAUGCACUUUGAACUUGCAUUAUAUAACAGUGGUUCUCAACCUGUGGGUCCCCAGAUGUUUUGUCCUUCAAGUCCCAGAAAUCCUAACAGCUGUUGAAUUGGCUGGGAUUUCUGGGAGUUGUAGGCCAAAACACCUGAGGACCCACAGGAUGAUAACCACUAGUCUACACUAACCAUAUCACACAGUUCAGACUGCAUUAUGUGGCAGUAUAAAUCCAGUCUAAGUUUCUUCUUGAAGGUAGCAAUGAUUUCAGCAAUUUUCAUCCCAUUGCAGGGAAGUCUUAGAAAGCCAUGCAGUUUUAUAAUGUUCUUGAUUCGUAAUUUCUUCCAUGCAAAAUGAAUAUGCGUUCAAUGCAGAAAGAUUAAUUCCUGUGCUAAAGUGGUUUCCUGUGCAAAAAUGUUACUUUCUAUGUAAACCAACAAUUUGUGAAUUUUGCACAGAAAUCCCCAAUUUCAGUUUGUUUCUGUGGUGCAAACACCAUUCUCUUCUUAAGAAUUAAUGUGCACUGAAAUAAUAUUUUCCAUGCAAAAAAUACUGUUUAGUGCACUGAAAAUGCUAUUUUCCAUGCAAAAUAUCCAUAUGUGGAUUAUACAUGGAAUAAAACCUGAAUUGGGAAGAUUCUUGGUAGUCUAGGAUUUCAUGUUUUUCAACUGUUUUUAAAGUGGUUAUAAAUAUUCCUUUCAUCCCUAUUGUAGACACAAUGUGCCAAAUCAUAUUUUCGGAGUUCUGCUCUUGAGAGGCAAAUGUAUACAGAAGCCACCUUGCCCAGUCAGGGAAUUCUUUUAAAUGAAAAUCCCUUUCUUGGAUACAAACUGGCUACAUUGUAGUAACAUUUGCAAAGUAUUUGCAUUCACAUCUGUAGCAGGGAGGUGGAGACUGUUUCUGCCCUUUUGCUCUUUUGCAUUUUUCUCAGUUUCUUCCAUUUUUUCUCAAAUACCCUUGCUCCUCUUUACUUCUGUUACCUCAGAACGGAUGUGUUUCUAAAAUCAUUUACAUGGUGGAAAAAUCGUAAACCAAAAGUAUCUUCAGAAAACAAUCCAGUAUCAAUAAAUACAUUAAAAUGCUUUGACCUGUA